UUAAAGGCUCACCAUGAAUCUUAUAUGAAUUACUCUCUGUUAAACACCUGACUAAAAGUCAAGGAAUGCGCCUAGUUUUGUGCGGCGUGAGUUCUCGUGUCUCAAACCUGUCAAAUUAGAAUAGCCUCGUUGUAUAGCGUUGCGAGUGAAUAUGUACUGCUGAGUGUGCGCGUAGUGUCACAAGCGGAGAUAUGCCUGUUCGUCAGUACAAAACUUUAGACCCUAGCCGCUUUGUUAUUAUAAAGCCCCUCGCGAUUCGCCCACCGGUGGGAGUGAAAGUACAAGAUUGGAGCAAUGGCAAUCAUGGCGCCAGCGAACAAAACCGGGAACGGGCGUUCCGGGGGACCCAUCACCGGAGACCACAGCUUAGUCAACAAGCCUUCAGGAGGCCUCAUGAACAGACCAAUGAGCCCCUUUAUCCGGAGACCGUGAAGGUUUUCGGCUCUUUGAAACGCGGUGAUGAGAAAACUCGGAAUGGGGGGUCGGCAUCAGAUCGAGUUGUCAGCUCAGCCAUCGUAAGGCCAACUGGGCGAAAUAAGUCUCCAGCGAGGGAAGAUUCGAGUGCCCUGAAGAACCAUCUGUGCCAUGUAAGGAGGCUUAUGACGGCUGUCCAGCAGGGCAAGGGCUACUUCCAGCUGCUUCAGAAGGAGGCGCGGGAGCUGGAGGAGGCUCGGGUGCUGGAGCAGAGGAGGAGGGAGGAGAAGCGACGCAGGGAGUGCCUGCCCCCCUGCUUCGACUCAGACAGCGACACGGAGAGCCCUUGGAGGACGGCCUUCUCGGCGGGAGGAAGCUGGCCAUCCAGGCACCGCGGGAGAAGAAAGAAGUUUCCGGCGGCGCGACCUUUCACCCCGGCGUACCACUCGCUGAGCUCUCCGCAGCUUGGCUCCGUGGCAUUAGAGCCUCUCUUUCGCCAGCUCUGCUGCCUCAACUGGCUUCUGGAGGCGCUGACCUUGAACCCCCCUGGGAGGACGGCACCCGUGUCCUCGUGCUGGGACGUGAUAGACCCCGGCAGAGGCAGAGUGACUGUAAAGGCACUGAAUAAAGAAAAGGCCGUGGAGAUAAGAUGGGACCAGUUUAUUUCCCCGCCUAAGACCAGGAGGUCCCCUUCCCGGGCCUGGUUUUCGGGGCGCUCCCUCCGCAGACCCUCCAUGUUCAGCCUGGCCUCGUCCUUGGCCACCACCCCCACCCCCACCCUGCACAGCCUGUCGUCCCUGGCCGUGGGCCCCGAUGACGCUGCGGCCCCGGGCGUGGCCCCGGGCACAGCUCCGGGCGAGGACCUCUCCCUGCUGGUGCCAGGGGACCCCAGGAGCAGGCCCACAGCAUCCGAGUAUGGGCAGAAGUUGGACACACUGUCUCAGAGUGCAGCGAGCGACUUCCCCAGGCGGAAGCAGUGCGAUGACAGCGGUUCCCCCCAGAGACAGCUCUCGGCUGUCAGCCAGUUUGUGGAGAGCAAGACCUCCAUGUUGGAGGAGAUCAGGGCCUCCUUCCAAGAGAAGACCCAGGAGCUGACCUGCAGACUCAACAGUACCUUGGAGAACAAAGCCAGAAACCGCUGGGACACCAGUCUCCUGACGUUCCAGUCCCUCAGCCGUGGGCUGCUGACUCCGCCCCGCUCCCGUCCCGUUACCGUGGCGUCGGUGUCCCGGAGCAACGCGGAGGCCGUGGGCAGGCCCAGCGAGGACGGCGCCUGGCUGACCCGGCUCAUCGCUGGCCUGCCCGAGAUGGCGUUACGGGACGGGAGAGUGGGCCGGAUCCUGGAGAAGCUGAGACGAUUCGCUGAUGGGCGGAACCUGAGGGUCCGCCCCCCAGUCUUCCUCAGGGUGCUGGGGGGUCUGCAGCCCUGGGAGCUCUGCUCUCCUGACCUGUGUGUGGCCAUCGAGAUGGUUCGGGAGAACGUGGUGCAGAUGCCUGAAGAGGAGUACGACCUGUGGCUGCAGUCCCGUGUCAGCCUGCCCGAACAUGAUGGUGACUCCCCCCAGGGAGGAGGGGGCAAGAUGCACCCUCUGGGACUGUGUAACAACAAUGACGAGGAGGAUCUGUACGAGUACGGCUGGGUGGGGGUGGUGAAACUGGAGCAUCCCGAGCUGGACCCCAGCUGCCUCACCGUCCUGGGGAAGGCUAAGCGAGCGGUCCAGAGGGGUGCGACAGCGGUCAUCUUCGAUGUGUCCGAAAACCCAGAUGCCAUUGACCAGCUGAACCAGGUCGCUGAGGACCCUCUGAAGAGACCGGUGGUGUAUGUGAAGGGGGGUGACGCCAUGAGGCUGAUGAACAUCGUCAACAAGCAGAAGGUUGCCCGCGCUAGGAUACAGCAUAAACCACCCAGGCAGCCCACGGAGUACUUUGACAUGGGGAUCUUCCUGGCUUUCUUCGUGGUGGUGUCCCUCGUCUGCCUCGUCCUGCUCAUCAAAAUCAAGCUCAAGCAGAGGCGCAGUCAGAGCUCGAUGAACAGGAUGGCGGUCCAGGCCCUGGAGAAGAUGGAGACGAGGAAGUUCAAGGCCAAGAGCAGCAAGGGCCACCGGGAGAGCAGCUGCACGGCGUCCGACUCGCUGAGCUGCAGCUCCUCCUCCGACUGCGCCAUCUGCCUGGAGAAGUACAUCGACGGGGAGGAGCUGCGGGUCAUCCCCUGUGCCCACCGCUUCCACAAGAAGUGUGUGGAUCCCUGGCUACUCCAGCACCACACCUGCCCCCACUGCAGGCACAACAUCAUCGAGCAAAAGAAGGGGAACCCAGGUCCCGUCUGCAUGGACCCGGGGAACCCCGUCCACAGCCGGCAGCAGAGGGUGGUCCUGCCCGUGCACUACCCGGGCCGGGUCCACCGGGCGGGGCAGGUAACGGCGUACCCCACCCGCACCAGCAUGGACCCCCACGGCAACCCCAUCACCGUGCUGACGGUGGACCAGCACGCCGAGCAGGCCCUGUACCCGGCCCAGUCCUCGGCCUUCAUCCGCAGCUACCCGCCCAUCCACCUGGACCACGCGCUGAACCCCGCGCUGAACCCCGCGCUGAACCCCGCGCUGAACCCCGCGCUGAACCCCGCGCACCACUGUGGCCUGGAGCACCGCGGCCCCGGGGCCUACCCCCAGUCCCACGCCUUCAAGCGGCCCAAGUUCCACGGAGGGGGCCGCAGCUUCUCCCGCGCCGCCUGCUUCUCGCAGUACGAGACCAUGUACCAGCACUACUACUUCCAGGGCCUCACCUUCCCGCAGGCUCCCGAGGGCCAGCCGGGGAAUGGGCCCAAGGGCCCCCACGCCGGGAGGACCUUCCAGCAGGGUCUGCUGUACCCGGCUGUGGUCCACAUGGGCCCCCCCGCCUCCACGUCGCGCCUGGGGGAGGCGGGGAGCGUGGCGUCCGGGUUCGGCUGUUACCACGGACAGCGCUCGGUGUGCAGCGGGUACCUGGCGGACUGCCCUGGCAGCGACAGCAGCAGCAGCAGCAGUUCGGGGCAGUGUCACUGCUCCUCCAGCGACUCCAUGUUGGACUGCACGGAGGUGAGCAACCAGGGCGUGUACGGGAGCUGCUCCACCUUCCGGAGCUCUCUCAGCAGCGACUACGACCCCUACGUGUACCGUAGCCGGAGUCCCUGCCGGGGGUCCGCGGGGGAGCCUCUCGGGCCCCCCGCCCCAGGGCCCCCUGCCUCGGGGGACGACUCGCCCCCCUCCACGGCCCCCACCCCCGACCAGGGCGACCGGGCGUCCGGUUUGGGCCCGGACCCUGCAUCGGCCUACGCCGGCUGCCCGUCACUGGAAACCAGGGAACCCCAUACCACUACCUCACCCGGGCCCCUAGAGGGCGCCGGAGCGGACCUGCGGAUCAGGGGCCGGACGCAGGAGGAGCCGGCCGACUACCAGGGGGCGGCGUAUAGCUGCUGCUUCGAGGCUGCGCCCGGGUCCUUGGAGGGUUCGGGGCAGGGGCAGGAUUUGGGCGGGGCCGGCUUCCUGUCGGCUCGCCGCUGCAUCAGAGGGCCUGAGGCAAGGUCGCCAGGCUCCCAGAACUCGUACGGGGCGAGCGUGGACCUCUCGUGCCCCUCGGAGGCAGGGGGAGGCUACGACGGGCUGCCCUGCUGCUUCUACCAGGAGCGGCAUGUGCACCGGAGCGGGGGUCUGCGCUACCCCGAGGACUGCGCAGUCAACGUGCAGUAUGCGCAGACGGACACUGGGGACGCGCAGGGCUGCAGAGAGCUCGGCCAGCGCAUACCCAUAAUCCCCGAGGACACGGACUGCGAGAUGGGCCUGGGUCCCGGGCCGCAGGUCAGCCUCCUGCCACCAGGGGGCCCCGCGGACGAGGGGGGGCGGACUGGGGAGAGGGAGGAAGCCAGAGAGCUGUACUUCCCCCAGGGACAGUUCAGAGGUCAAACGUUUCUGCACGAGGAGGAGGAGGUGCAUGCUCUCUUCCACACCCAGUGCCCCAGUUUCCACGAAGCACAGGGAAACGGCAAUGCUGCAGGGUCAGGACCAUUACAGCCUAUGGAGAAAGACUACGUAGCCAAGCCCAGCUUGUGAUCUUCUCAUGUUCGGAUAUACGGGAAUUGCUGUUUUUUUUUUUUGUUUUUUUAAAUAUUAUUAAGACUCCAGUUUGAGCAAGACUUUUGAGGGUGUUUUUAUAAUAUAUUCUUACUUAUUAAAAAAAAAUGUGUAAGUAUGCAUGUGUGUACAUGCAUAUGUACGGUAUGUGUGUAUGGAAUAUUAAGCUUCAACAAACAGGACUAGUGGUCAUUUUGGAGAGCUGCCAAAACACAACACGUUUUUCUUUGUCCUAAAUCAGACACAACCUCCACCUCCCUGGCCCCCCCACCACAGAUCUCUGUGGUCUCCGUCACCUGGGGAACCUACUUUACCUGUUCCUUUUAUCAGGCCCACACCUGACUCUGCUGCGUGGGUGGUCUCUGCCCGGCCACGCCCCCCCCCCCCCCCCACUCUCAGGAUAACUUCUGCCUUAGUAGCGAAGCAGCUUUUUCAGACGACGGCUCUUUUCUGUUUUUAGCACUCUGGGGGGGGGAGUAGAGCUGUUUGGGUUGAAGUGAAGUUUGUUUUUGGGAUUUGAGAACUUGGCUCUCUUACAAGUUUAGAUCCUCCACUUUGCAUGGAAAAGCUUCUUCUUCACCCCACAAUACCUGCUCUUAUUACGGAACAUACUUACAGUCAGCUCUGCGACCGCCCCUAACCACUUUUUGUGUACGGUGCACUUGUUCUCACACGAGCGGUUUCUCUAAGCCAAUUUUUACACUUUGUGUGUCAGAAAAAGGCCAAAGUAAAGUUUGUGGGGAGAGGUUCGAAUUCCACCGAAUCUCUCCCAACAGUGGGGUUUUGGAGGGAAAGGAAACAAAAUGGUGUCUCCGAUUUUGUACUCUCACAAAUCUGAUGUUGUCAAUAUGCCUUUUUGUUUGUUUUACAGACGGUUUUAUACUGUUUCUAUGAAAUAUUUCCAUACUGCUAAGAGUCUACAGUUUUAAAAUAACCCUAUUUAUAUGUGGACAGUGACCCAGAGCUGUAAACCAUGAACACAAGAAUCUAAUCUGCCUUUGCAUAGAGAUCUAUACCCCGGAUGGCAUUUUUGGGGUACUUGAGUCACUAUUUAAUUUUUUUUGUCAUUUGUAGCACUUAAAAAGGAUUGUAUAAAAGAAAACUUGGUGUACAAAAAUUAAUAUUUUUUAAUUUUCUAAAUAUAAUUAUCCAUCAUUACCAUUUUACAAUGUUUAAAAGGCUAGAAAUCAAUCUGUGUAUAUUUCUGUAUCUGUAUAACAGCACAUUUCAUUUAUGGAAAUAUGUUCUCUGAAUAUUUAUUUACUAAUAUAUUUAUCUCUAAGCCAUGUCUUAUGUUCAGAGUGUAUGAAUGUUUGAGGUUUUUUUUGUUUUGUUUUUUUGUUUUUUUCAGAAAUCACUAACAUGAGACUUUGUAAAUACAUGGUAAUUGCACACAAAGAUUAAAUAUUCUCUGACCAAAAACUGAUUUAAAAAUUUUAGUACCAUACAGUUUUGUAACAAAGUGUACAAAGUUCUGUAAAAAAUAUACAGUUUUAUUCAAGUAAA